GACGAGUACGGACGUAUUCGGUUGUCCUUGCACGCGUCACGAGCCCUUUGCUCGUUUUGAACUCAACUAUUUUCGGACACAGUCGUUGCUGCCUCGACAGAACGCCAAUUUAGAACCCCAUUUUAUUUAAUUCAACGCAUUUUGGAACCCAUCUUUUGAUAUUCUUUGGAACUUCAUCUUACAUAUUACGCAUUUCUUUAUUUGUGAGUGAGAUUGCGGCAUAAUCUCUCAAGGAAUGCUUCACUCAUUUGUGGUUGUGUUGGCCGCUGAAUUGCAAGCCUCCUACACCAUUUGCAGUAUCUCUUUCAAGAAGUGCCUGAAGCCAAAUAUUUUGAGAGAGAGGCUUUAGUUCGAUCACAUCCGAGUCCGAGAGUAGAUGGUGCCGAGAUAUCCACUCUUUUGAAGCGAGUGAUACUCUGUGCUCGAGACCUCAGUCUCGCAAGACCUCUGCUAAGUUAAGCUAAAACGGCACAAUAUGGCACAAUAUCUGGAUUCUGAGGCGGAUGUCAGCGAGGGCGAGGAGGAGUUGGACCAGAAUGAGAAGAAGAGACUGAAGAAGAUGAAGGCAAUGGAAGUGAGCGACGACGAAGAGGAUGAAGAUGACGAGGAUCAAUUACGCGAAGAACUGAAGGAUUUAAUAGAUGACAAUCCUAUAGACGAAAGUGAAGGUGAAGACAGCGAUGGUUCUGAUCAUCAUAAGAAACGCAAAAAAAGCGAUGAAGAUUUUGAUGAUCGCUUAGAAGAUGAAGAUUACGAGUUGCUGGAAGAAAACUUGGGUGUUAAACUUCAGAGGAAACGUUUUAAACGUCUUCGAAGGAUCCAAGAUGAGGAGUCAGAAGAAGAAGAACAAAAGGAAGCAGACGAGGAAAGAGAUGCUAUCGCCAAUGAAUUAUUCGAAGGCUCUGGAGAUGAAAGGGAAAUAACGGAGGACGAAAGACGAAGCGAACGAAGCCACAGACCGGAAGUAGAGAAUUUCGAGGAAGGCAGUGACGAAGGCGAAUAUACUGAUGCGGAUGACUUCAUUGUCGAUGACGAUGGUAGACCUAUCGCUGAAAAGAGAAAGAAGAAAAAACCGAUAUUUUCAGACGCGGCAUUGCAAGAAGCGCAAGACAUCUUCGGCGUUGACUUCGACUACGAUGAAUUAGGCAAAUAUGGCGAGGAAGAUUACGAGGAGGACGAAGAGGAGGAGGAGGACGAAUACUUGGAUGAGGAGGUCGACGCUGAGCGUCCGCGACGUCCUAAAAAACAGCAGAAGAAGAAAACCACGAGGAAGAGCAUCUUUGAGAUUUACGAACCCAGCGAGUUGAAACGCGGCCACUUCACCGAUUUGGAUAUCGAGAUACGCAAUGCAGACAUACCGGAAAGAAUGCAACUUCGGUCGGUGCCGGUCGUGCCGGUUCAGGAAGGCUCCGACGAGCUGGAUCAGGAAGCAGAGUGGAUCUACAAGCAGGCGUUUUGCAAGCCCACGGUCUCGAUUCAAGACGCCCAUUUGAACGCAGAAGCUAAAGAGCGUGCCCGCAAAGGGCCACAGACUAUCGCCAAGAUCAAGAAGGCCCUGGACUUCAUGCGGAACCAAUACUUCGAGGUCCCCUUCAUAGCUUUCUACCGGAAAGAAUACGUGCUGCCCGAGCUGAACAUAAACGACCUGUGGAAGGUGUACAGGUACGACGCCAAGUGGUGCCAGCUGCGCCAGCGGAAGGAGAAUCUGCUGAAGCUGUUCGAGAAGAUGCGCAACUACCAGCUGGACGAGAUCAUGAAAAACCCGGAUGCGCCGUUGCCGGACAACGUUCGGGUGAUCAAGGACGAUGAUAUCGAGAGGCUGAAGAACGCGCAGACGAGCGAGGAGCUCAACGACGUCUAUCAUCACUUUAUGCUCUACUACAAUCACGAGAUCCCGAAGAUGCAGGAGACCGUGCGGAAGAAGGAAAAGGAGGCGCGCCGAGAAGCGAGGAUUCAGAGGCGCAAGCAGCAGCUCGCCGAGGCCGAGGAAAACGGCGAGGAUCCACCGGAGGAGGAGCCGGAGGUCGAGGAGGACGAGGAGAUCGACGAGACGUUGAAACAGGCGGUGAGGAGCGGGCCGUACACGAUCUGCAGGAAGGCCGGUUUGGACGGGCUGACGAAGAAAUUCGGCCUGACGCCUGAGCACUACGCCGAGAAUCUCCGUGACAAUUACCAGCGUCACGAGGUGGACCAAGAGCCGACCGAGCCGACGUCCAUCGCGACCGAGUACAGCAGUUUGCGUUUCAAGAGCCCCGAAGAGGUGCUGAAGGCCGCGCAACUGAUGGUGGCGAUCCAGUUGGCGCGCGAGCCGCUCGUGCGCAAGUGCGUGCGCGAGAUGUACAUGGAGCGCGCCAAGAUCUCUAUAACGCCGACGAAGAAAGGCGUGAAGGAGAUCGACGAGAACCACCCGAUCUACGCUAUGAAGUACCUCAAGGAUAAGCCGGUGCGCGACCUCGUAGGCGCGCAAUUCCUGAAUCUGGUGAUCGCCGAGGAGGACAAGCUCAUCACGAUCACAUUGAACGACAGCAUCGAGGGCAACACCAGCGGCAAUUACGUCGACGAGAUGAAGCAGCUCUAUUACCGGGACGAGUUCAGCAAGAACGUGCAGGAUUGGAACGCGCUGCGCGUCGGCAGCGUCGAGAUCGCGCUGAAUCGCAUGGUCAUACCGAGCCUGAAGAAGGAGCUGCGGACGAACCUGAUCGCCGAGGCGAAGGAGUGCGUGAUGCGCGCCUGCUGUCGCAAGAUGUACAAUUGGAUCAAGGUCGCGCCGUACAACUGCGAGUUCCCCGAGGAGGACGACGAGGAGUGGGACACCGGCAAGGGUCUGCGCGUGAUGGGCCUGGCUUAUGUGCCCGACUACUCUCAGGCCGCCUUCACCUGCCUGGUCGCGGCCGACGGCGAGUGCACGGAUUACCUGCGGCUGCCGCACUUGAUGAAGCGCAAGAACAGCUACCGCCAGGACGAGAAGACGAUGAAGGAGGCGGAUUUGCUGGCGCUGAAACACUUCAUAGCGACGAAGAAGCCUCACGUCGUCGUGGUGUCCGGUGAAUCCAGAGAAGCGAUGAUGAUCGCGGCCGACGUCAAAGAGUGCAUCACUCGCUUGACCGAGGAGGAGCAGUUCCCCGGCAUCCAGGUGGAGAUCUGCGACAACGAGCUCGCUAAGAUUUACUCCAACAGCAACAAGGGCGUCUCGGAGUUCCGGGAUUACCCGCAGCUGCUGCGCGAGGCUAUCUCGCUGGCGAGGAGGAUGCAGGAUCCAUUGGUGGAGUUCUCGCAACUGUGCACCGCCGACGAGGAGGUCCUCUGCCUCAAGUACCACAGUCUGCAGGAUCAGUUGCCCAAGGAGGAGCUGCUGGAGAAUCUUUACCUGGAAUUCGUGAAUCGCGUGAACGAGGUCGGCGUGGACGUGAACAAGGCGGUCCAACAGGCGUACUGCGGCAACCUGGUGCAGUUCGUGUGCGGUUUAGGUCCCCGUAAGGGUCAGGCCUUGAUCAAGAUGUUGAAACAAACGAAUCAGAGAUUGGAGAACCGGACGCAGCUGGUGACCGCUUGCCACAUGGGGCCGAAGGUGUUCAUCAAUUGCGCCGGUUUCAUCAAGAUCGACACGAACAGUUUGGGCGACAGCACCGAAGCGUACGUGGAAGUGCUCGACGGCACGCGCGUCCAUCCCGAGACUUACGAGUGGGCCCGGAAAAUGGCGGUGGACGCGCUCGAGUACGACGACGAGGAUGCCAAUCCCGCCGGCGCUCUGGAGGAGAUCCUCGAGUCGCCGGAGAGGUUGAAGGACUUGGACCUCGACGCUUUCGCCGAGGAACUCGAGAGGCAGGGCUUCGGCAACAAGUGCGUCACCCUGUACGAUAUCAGGGCCGAGCUGAACAGCCGAUACAAGGAUCUCCGCGUGCCGUACCAAUCUCCAAGCCCGGAGAAGUUGUUCGACGUCUUGACCAAAGAGACUCCCGAGACCUUCUACGUCGGCAAGUUGGUGUUGGCCACUGUGGUAGGCAUCAGCCACCGGAAACCGCAGGGCGAGCAGCUGGAUCAGGCGAAUCCGGUGAGAAACGAGGACACGGGUCUCUGGCAGUGUCCGUUCUGCUUGAAGAACGAUUUCCCGGAGCUGUCGGAAGUGUGGAAUCACUUUGACGCCGGCGGUUGCCCGGGUAAAGCAACCGGCGUGCGUCUGCGAUUGGACAACGGCAUAUCCGGCUACAUUCACAUCAAGAAUUUGUCCGACAGACACGUCGCGAAUCCCGAAGAGAGAGUCAGCAUUGCCCAGAUUAUUCAUUGUCGUAUCGUGAAGAUUGAGGUGGAUCGUUUCAGCGUCGAGUGCACCAGCAAGAGCAGCGAUCUCAUCGACAAGAAUCACGAUUGGAGACCGCAACGAGAUCCGUAUUACGACACCGACGCCGAACAGAAGGACGUGAAAGUAGAGGAGGAGGCGAAGAAGGCGAAGCAGAGGCAGAUCUACGUGAAGCGCGUGAUCGUCCAUCCGUCCUUCCAUAACAUCAGCUUCGUCGAGUCCGUGAAGCUGAUGCAGACGAUGAAGCAGGGCGAGGCGAUAGUGAGACCGAGCAGCAAAGGUGCCGAUCACUUGACAGUCACAUGGAAGGUCACCGACGAGAUCUACCAGCACAUUGACGUACGAGAGGAAGGCAAGGAGAACGCCUUCUCGUUAGGACAGAGCCUGUUAAUCGGUAACGAGGAAUUCGAGGAUCUGGACGAGAUCAUCGCGCGACAUGUCAACCCCAUGGCGGCUUACGCUUCCGAAUUGUUGGACUUCAAAUAUUACAAGCCGACGGUGGAAGGAAUCAAAGACAAAGCUGAAGAGAUACUGAAGGAACAGAAGAAGGAAAACCCCGGCGGUAUUCCUUACAUCAUUUCAGCGGCAAAGAAUUACCCCGGAAAGUUCCUUCUCUCUUACUUGCCACGCACCCGUUGCCGCCACGAAUACAUCACAGUGACGCCUGAGGGCUUCAGAUUCAGAGCGCAGAUGUUCGGCAGAGUGAACGACCUGUUCCGCUGGUUUAAGGAGCACUUCAGGGAUCCGCUUCCUGGACAAUCCACUCCUAGCACACCGCGUGGUGCGAUGACUUCCAGAACGCCUUACACCACACCAGGAGCCGUCAGUAGCAUGAAUCAAGAGGCGAUACAGAGAGUGGCGCAGAAUCUUCCGCAUCACAUGCUGCACUCGCUGACGCAAGUAGCGAAUCAGACGCCGCAUCAUUAUCCGCCGCAUACCCCGGGAGCAGCCGGCGCCGCCGGUUACGGCGGGGUGCACACGUAUCCGAACACACCGUACACGCCGUCCGGGCAGACUCCGUUCAUGACACCGUACCAGACGCCGCACCAUACUCCGCAUCACGGUCAGCCGACGCCGAGAUACGGUCAACAGACCCCGAGCCAUCACCAGGGGCCCUUCGUGCAUCCACCUCCGCCUUCGAUGACACCCAACCAUCACAGAUCAGCUCAAUCGCACAGACCUACGCCGCCCAUGUCUACUCCUUCGGGUGACCCCACGGAUUGGAGGAAAGCGGCCGAGGCGUGGGCGCGGCUAAAGGGCGGCCCCCGUGUAUCUGGUUCGACUCCGAGAUAUGAGGAGUCCAGGAAAACUCCGCGCAACUACGACGAAUCGGCCGGCAGGACGACGCCCUCCGGUAGAAACAGGCCGUCCUCCACGCGCACACCGUCGUACAAGUCUCCGCGGGGUACUCCACACACGAAUUCUAGUCCGCGAAGCAUGUCCCUGAGCGGGGACGGUACUCCUCUAUACGACGAGAGCUAACAUAGUCGUCGUAUCUGUGUAUAAGUUCCCCUAGUCAAAAAGUUCCAGGCCAUGGCCAAUAAACAAAGUAUUCAUUUUAAA